UUUAUUUUUUGUCCGGCCGAGGUUUGUUCUUGUACUGUUUUUCCUGCGGUAAAAAGUGAAAAGUGAAAUUGCAGAAGAGAUGGAAAUUGUUUAAUAACAACUUGGCCUCUUUCUUGUCUGUUUUUGUUUGUUUAUUUGUUGGCGAGUGUAUGCUCUUUUAUUAUCUUUUUGUUUCGUAAAUUGUGGUAUUGCGUGAAUCGUGGAAUCGACCUUUGCGAACUUAUCGUCGUAACAGCAGCAGCAGCAGCAGCAACAAAACCUAAUAAUAAUUAAACCGCGUGUGCUCAUUCGCCUACCAAUGUAUGCGUAAUCGUAUCUGUGUGCUUGUCUCUCUGUCGGUCUGAGUGCCUCUGUGUGUGUGUGUGUGUGUGUGUGUGUGUGUGUUUGUGUGUGCGGCGGGGCAUUGCAAAGCCCCAGACGCCAAACGCCGAGACAGAUACACGCAGCGCCGUCCAAGUGUCAACAGUCGAGUGCCUUGUGCCCAAGAGCAACCCUCUCCAACAAGUCUCCGAUCCGAUCCACCAGACAACCAAGAACCCAAGAACCACCCAUCAACCAGGCCAUCAGGCUUCACCCGAUCCAUGCAUGACCAUUGCAUGAGGCAGAAGAAAGUGCAAACUGAGCAAUCGGCGGAAACGUGAUCGGUGGAACAGAAUCAGAAUCCCAUGUGCGUCGCUUGCUGAGGGUCCGAGGCUUGCCGAGUACACCCACACCGAAACCAGCGCCGCCACCAUGCUGCAGCACACAAUGACCAAGCGCAAAACGCUGAUCAUUGCCUGCUUUGGGAUUGCGCUGGGCCUCUGCAUCGGCACCGUGCUGAAGAACUACCGGGCCCUGGAGAUCGUGAAGCGGUGCAACCUGCGGCCAACGAACUUGAAGACGCCCAACGAGAUAAUUGGUCUCGAGGACGAGGACACCAUACAGAACUCGCAGCGGAAUCUCGUGUUCGUGGGUGUGAUGACGGCCAAGAGCUUUCUGGAGGGACGGGCGAGAGCCGUGUACGAUACAUGGGGCAAAGAGGUGCCCGGCCGCAUUGCAUUUUUCAGCUCGGAGGGCAGCUACUCGGAGGAGCUGCCGGUGGUGGGGCUCAAGAACGUCGACGACCGAUACCCGCCGCAGAAGAAGUCCUUCAUGAUGCUGUACUAUAUGUACGAACACUACAUCGACCGCUUCGAGUGGUUUAUCCGUGCCGACGACGAUGUGUACAUGGAGCCGAACAAGCUGGAGCGCUUCCUGCGUUCCAUCGACAGCUCGAAACCGCAGUUCAUUGGACAGGCGGGCAAGGGCAACAGUGAGGAGUUCGGCCUGCUCUCCUUGGAGUUCGACGAGAACUUCUGCAUGGGCGGGCCGGGCGUGAUCCUCAGCAGCGAGACGCUGAGACGCGUGGCACCGCACAUACCCACCUGCCUCAAGAAUCUCUACAGCACGCACGAGGACGUGGAGGUGGGCCGCUGUGUCCAGAAGUUUGCCGGCAUCCCGUGCACUUGGAACUAUGAGAUGCAGUACAUCCUGCGGCACAACUCCAGCGGUCGCAACGCGUACACGGGCAAACUGAAGCGCAAGGAGAUCCACAACGCUAUCACUCUGCAUCCCAUCAAGCAGGCACCACUCAUGUAUCGCCUCCACUCCUACAUACAGGGCCUGAAAGCGGAGGAGAUGCGCCAGGAGUCUCUGCUUCUGCAUCGGGACAUCAAGCGCAUGGCCAAGUAUCUGGAUGUGCCCGACGAAAGCACUUACAUGCUACCCAGCGUUUCGCCGGAUAGCGAUUCCGGGAAGAGACACUUUCAGGAUCACAAUAUACUAGGAAUUAGCCCGGAACUGAACAAAUUUGUACCCGGGAGCACGGAGGAUCUGCUGGACUGGUCCUUCAUAGCACGGAGCCUUUAUUCGGCCAGCUCGGCGAAUCCCAAGCAGAAGAUAGACUCGUCGAUGCGCGAGGGACUCGAGGAUGUGAUCACCGAAGUGAUGGAGAACAUCAAUAACUAUUCACGGCAGCGCGGCAGGGUGAUUGAGUUCCGGGAGCUGCUGUAUGGCUACCAUCGACUGGAUGCCCUCCAUGGGCAGGACCUCAUACUGGACCUGCUGCUCAUCUACAAGAAGUAUCGGGGCAAGAAGAUGACAGUUCCCGUCCGCAGACACCUCUACGUGCAGCGUGCCUUCACGGGCAUCUUUGUGAAGGAAUUCGAUGAGGACUUCUACAAUGUCACCCUGCAGCAGAGUCUGCUGGGCAGCAUCCUACACAGUGGAAUGGCGCGUUUGAGUAGCCACUUUACGAUGGCCAGCGGCCUGCUACCUCAGGCAGAGGACAAGAUUGUGUUGGUACUGCCGAUCUCCGGACGACUGGGUACCUUUGAGCGCUUCCUGCGCAUCUACGAGCACAUAUGCAUCAAGGCGGAGCAGCACUGCGACCUGCUGGUGGUUAUAUUCGGAGCCCCAGAUGAGCUGGGCGAUCACCUGCAUCUCUUGAGCGAUUUGCGGGGCCGUCACGUCUACCAGCAGGUGAACUGGAUCCAGCGCAGUGGAUCCUUCUCCCGGGGUGUGGCCUUGGAUGUGGCCGCCCGCUCCUCCUACAUCCAGCCCGCGGACAUCAUCCUGUUCAUCGAUGUGGACAUGGUCUUCGAGGUGGCCACGUUGCAGCGGGUGCGCAUGCACACGCAGCGGGGGCGGCAGGUCUAUCUGCCCAUAGUGUUCAGCCAGUACGAUCCGCAGCGUCGCUCGGAUGGCGCCACAACCACAGCCGGAGGGGACUCUCCGCCGCCCAUCGACGAUGAGAACGGAUACUUCCGGCAGUUCGGGUUCGGCAUCUGCGCCAUCUACAAAUCGGACAUACUGGACGAGGACAUCAAUGGCUUCGAUAAGGAUAUCACCGGCUGGGGCCUCGAGGAUGUCAAGUUCCUAGAGAAGAUUGUGCGCGUGGGCACACGCCAGCAAGGGUUCCUUUCAAACACCGCCGAGCUGCCCCUGGACUACAACGAGGCCGCCGAGCAGUGGCGUCGCCUCAGCGUAUUCCGUGCCCCGGAUCCCACCCUCGUCCACGUCUACCACGACAUCAGCUGUGACAUCCAGCUGGAGGCCGCCCAGUACAACAUGUGUCUGGGCACAAAGGCCAACUCACUCGGCAGCACCCGGCUGAUGGAGAAGCUAUUCUACAACAGCCGCGACAAUUUCCGCUUCAUAGAGGCCUUCAACAGGCAGAAGCAGCAGCAGCAGCAGCAGCAGGCCAGAUGAUGGAUGAUGGACACCCAUCCAUCCAUAUUCCUGCUGCCAUAUAUAGUAUUAUGUUACGUUUUAAUCUUAAUCGCAAUCAGUUUAUGUUUCCCCAUCUGUCUGUGUGUGUGAAUGUCCCAUCGUAUCCUUGUAAGCGUUUGUCCUAGUGUGUGCGUGUGUGAGCCCCCCAUUGGCUACCAGUCCUUAGUCCCUAAUGCAAGAGCAAGAGAUAAAUUCCUAGAAAGAGGGAAGGGUCUGUACAGCUGGAGGAGAGGACCAGAGGACGGGCAUCCACUGAAAUAUAUGUAUGUAUGUUUGGUCCUGAUUCCAGCCGUUGAUUCCGAUUUAAUUUUGGAAGCAACGAUUUGAUAUUAAGAAUCUAGAUUUAUAAGAGAAAUAUCUGCAUAAUUGAAGAACACACUAUAAAUUAUUUGAAAACA